AUGGAUGUGGAACGACUAAUAGAAGAAGUUCGUAAGUUUCCUGUUCUUUACGAUCAGGGAAGUGAAAACUACAGGAAUAUCGAGUACAAAGACAGAGUUUGGAAGACAAUUGCAACAGAUUUACAAGCCAAAGAUGGAAUAGAGGAAUGCAAAAAAAAAAGGGCAUCUGUUCGUGACCAACUAAGGAAGACCCUGCAGAAAAGGAAAACUGUUUCAGGACAAGCUGCUGUUCAUCAACAUAAAUAUAAGUAUGAAGAUCUCUUAAAGUUCCUGCUACCUUACAUGGUAGAACGAGAAACAGUUUCCAAUGGUCCUUACACGCAAGACAAUAAUGAGCAUAAACAAGAAUCAAACACAGAUUCCCUAGAGGCUCAGUCUAUUGUUGAAAACGAAAAAGAGCCUACACAAGAAGACAUUGCAGAUGAAGAAUGGAUCAUUAAAACCCAGGGUAGUGAAACAGAGAAUUUGGUAGAGCGCAAUCGGCAUUCCUAUACGUCAUCAGCACAUUCGUCCGUCACUUCAAAUAAGAACACGUUUAUGAAACCACCACUGAAACGAAAAUUUCAGCGUGAGGUUAAACCACAAGAAUCUGCAUCAAGCCAGCUCAUGGCUUACAUUUUGGCAGAAAAAAAAGUUGAAAAACAGAGAGAAAUACAAAACCAAGUUGAUGCAUUUUUGGCUGCCCAGCUGGAAGUAAUCGCCGCGGGCGCGCGCACGGCAGCCUCCACGGAGGAGCCGGGACCGGGCUCGCCCUGCCCGCCGCUAUUGUGUACAAAACAAAUUGCCAGCCGGGGCCUUUUUUUGGCCGGCAAUAUCGCCGCCGCUAUUGAGCCUGUAAUGAAGGCGCGCGGCGGCGGCCACGGCCAAGGCCGGCGACUGCAAGAUGCGCAGCUGCACACACCGCGCUCUGCGGCUUGA